UGACAUUAAGCCGGCUCAGCGGAAGUCACGUGAUUGACGUUGAACACGUGGGAAAAAUAUAGCGUGUCGGUCGGACGAGUUGGGCGUUUGUCCUUUUCCUUUUAAAGUCCUUUUUUGUUUACAUUUGUUUUUGUUCUUUUAAAGUAUAUUUAAGUUUUUAAAUCCACCAUCUUUAGUUUAAUAUGACUAACAACAGCAGAAUAUACGUAGGAAACUUACCAUCAGAAGCGCAUGAAGAAGUUUUGAAAGAUGUUUUCCAGCAACAAACGGGCGUUCCGCCUAAAAAUAUGUUUCUAAACAAAAAUUAUGCCUUAAUUGACUUACCAGAAUCCAUACCUGUAGAAAAAGCUAUCGAAGUUUUGAACGGUUUUGAGAUAAUGGGUUCCCAGUUAUUGGUUGAGCCUUCAUUAAAUCAGAAUCGGAGAAACAGAAGUAAUGCAAUUCAUAUAAGUAAUAUACCAGAACAAUAUCAAUGGGAUGAAUUUGUCGGUUUUUUAUCUAAUUUGUGUGAUUUUCAAGAAUGUGAAAAAGGUGGAUCCAAACAAAAUACUUACAAUGCAAUAGUUACUUAUGAAAACCAAGAAGAAGCUCAACAGGCUUUACAGCAGCUCAACAAUUACCAACUGCAACCUGGUACAUUUCUUAAAGCUGAAUACCUGAUGGAUGCAGGUAGAGGAAGGGGUGGACCUAGAGGAAGAGCUGGCUCACGUCCUUUCAACAAUUCUGGAAUGUAUAGAUCAAACGACUUUCCUCUUAGAAUUCUUGUUUUGAGUGAUAUGGUUGGUGCUAUCAUUGGUCGAGCAGGAGGAACCAUUAGACAAAUAACUCAGCAAUCUAGAGCGAGGGUAGAUGUGCAUCGUAAGGAAAAUGCUGGUUCUCCUGAAAAGGUAAUCACCAUUUAUGGUACUCCAGAUAAUUGUUCCACAGCUUGCCAAAAAAUAAUGGAAAUUAUGCAACAAGAAGCUAACACUACAAAUAGGGGGGAAAUACCAUUAAAGAUCUUAGCCCAUAAUAAUCUUAUUGGAAGGAUAAUUGGCAAGAAUGGCAGCACCAUUAAAAGAAUCAUGGAACAGACAGAAACAAAAGUUGCUGUAUCUAGUAACAUACAUGACGUAAGCAGCUUUAACCUGGAACGUGUCAUCACAGUUAAAGGAAAACUUGAGAACAUGAGUAAAUCCGAGCGGAUGAUAAGUUCGAAACUACGACAAAGUUACGAAAAUGAUCUUGCAGCUAUGGCUUCCCAAACGUACAUGUAUCCUGGUGUUCAUCCAAUGGCUAUGAUGUCUACUACGUGUGCUCCAGGGAUUGUGCCACCUCCUAGGGGAAGUCCUCCUGGUGGCUCCUAUGGAAUGUACGGACCUCCACCCUGUAUGCCAUUAGGGUAUAAUCAGAGUUCCUUGCCACCUUCAUUUGAUUUACAGAAAGAAACAGUCUAUAUAUACGUACCCAGCACUGCUGUUGGAGCAAUAAUUGGAACUGGCGGAAGUACUAUUAGAGACAUGAUUAGCUCUUCAGGAGCUAGCAUAAAGGUGAUCCAACCAGGAAAGGAUGAACCUUUAGAAAAACAGUCUGAAAGAAAAGUCUGUAUAAUUGGAACAUCAGAUUCUCAAUGGAAGGCCCAAUUUAUGAUCUUCAAGAAAGUUGGCUUUGAAGGUUAUCCUGGACCCCAAGAAGCUACUUUAAAAGUAGAAAUGUUUGUACCCACAAAUCAAGUUGGACGCAUCAUUGGCAAAGGUGGUCAAACUGUAAGAGAUUUGCAGCGAGUAACACAUGCUCUUAUAAAAUUCCCUGAAGAUGCUAGAACCCAAGAAUCUGAUGAGACAUCCGUCCACAUUAUUGGUGAUUUUUAUUGCACACAAGCUGCCCAGCGGCAGAUAAGAGCUCUUGUAUACAAGAGCAAUGGUUUUCAACCACAACAGCAACCACGACGACGAAUGUCUCAACCUACACUACAAACUGUAACUAAAUAAAUUUAAAAAACUGUACAAAACCUCUGUACCUAUCUCUGUGAUGCUUACAAUGUUGUAUUAUACAUUUAAAUUGACUUUCCAAAAAUGACAGAAAAAUUAACAUAAUGAUUAUUCUAUUUAUCACAAAUAAUUUUUAAAAAAAAAAAUCUGCAGAGUUUAAUUGUGCAGAGGUAUUUGUAGGAGUUUUGCGAACAAAUCAACUGAGAUGUUAUUAAAAGUUAUAUAAAUGCCAAUAUUUAGUUAGUACAAAACUUUUAAGAAAAAAAAGACCACUGUUUCUGUGGCUGCUUGUUUCCUUUCUUUAUUUGUAAAUGAAAUAUAUUUAUGAAAAGUUUAUUUUUGAUAACUUGUUGGAGGAACACUUCCGUUAAAUUUUAUUGUGGAUUUUUUUAUGCAUGUGAUAAAGGCGGUCCAAAGAAUUUAAAAAAUAAGUUUCUCCUUCAAGAAUAACGAUCUAUCUCUAUGGUCAGUGCAAUUGUUAUAAAACUAUGCAAUAUUGGACAUAAAAUGAAAAAGUAAUUUUGAGCUUGGUGCUCUAUUUGGAAUCCUAUUCUAGUCUGUGCUACAUUUUGCUAGCUGGUGCUGGAUUCCAAUAUUUUUAUUUAUAAAUUUUCGAGCGUUAAGUUUAUUUUCUACCUCAUUGAACAUAAAACGUGCUAGUCGCUGUAUUUCUUUUGCCCUUCUUGAAUUUGUUGUAAUAUGUAUUGUUAUGACACAAAAUUGUUUGGAAAAAUGGCCAGAAAAAUUGUGCAAUGUUGAGUUUCAGUUUAUAGCAUUAUGUCAUUGUAUACUCUGGAAUUUUUAAUUAUGGUUUUGAGACUAAAAAUAAAGAUGUGGCUCAUCUGUUUUGUUUAAUUACCUUGAAAUUGUCUAAAUUUCUUCUAAAGAUAUCGCAAUAAACAUAUACAAAUAAAAUGCUUCUCAAUGGAUAUGUGAAACUUCUAAAGGUUUAUUGUAUUCAAGUACAAAUAAAUGCAUUUUCAAAUCAAAUAUUUUUGCCAAACUGCCAUUUAACAAAAAAUAAACUUUUUUCAAUUCUUA